AUGGCGGUCUUCCACUGUGCCAAUGACUUUCUAAGACAGUACAUGUACACAAAACUCUCUGCCUGCCAGUUUGCACUACCUUUCUUAGUCCCCAACCCGUGUACAGAAGACCUGGAAUUCCCUCUUUGGCCUCUAAGGCACAUCAAAAGAUCAUGGAAAAGUAUGACAAGCACAGACAACCCUGGAAAAUACCAAACCAGGCAAAUGUUUAGCACACCAGUGCCAGUUGUCUCCUUUUUAAGGUUGGGAACCUCUUUCACCUCCAAAUCUCAAAUUCUGAAUUCUGUCAUUAGUAAACAGAGACACAAUGUGUUCUUCAAUCGGCACUGUAAAGGCAGUGCUCCAAACAGCAUGCUUAUGAAUGGGGUUGUCGAGAUCGCCUGGUACUGUCCAGGAGGAAAGAAAGAUGACAUAUUUGAUGACUGUGUUGCGUUUCUAAACCUUCAUGGUGACGCAAAAGACCAUCGACAGCAACUUCAAUUUCUGCAGGCAGUGAGUACGGUGAACGUGCUUCUAUUGUCAGAACAGCCACAGGAUGAAGAAACAAAAACAAUUUGUCAAAAUCUCUCUCAGUCUCCUGUCCCAUUGAUCUGCCUAUUUUCUGGAAGUGAAAGGGUUCAGGGUUCAAAAAAUCCACUCAUAGUGAAACUAGCUGCCAAGAACAGGAAUGAAGCAGAGUUAACAGAGGAACUCAUAACCAAUAUCAAGCGAUGCAUUGGAAAAUAUAACAAGAAACAGAGCAUUGAAAACUGUUCUAAUGAAGUAAGAAAACUGAAGUUCAAAGUUGAUGAAGACAAGCAGUCAUUCAAAGAUGGACAUGCACUGGCGCAGACUUUAGUUUGUUUGUUGAAGGAAAAACGCAUUUCAGAUAUCAAAAAAGAGUUUCUGCCCCUGCAUGGUGAACUGUGGCAUAACUGGUGCUUGAAAAAUAAGCAGCAGUAUCGCCUGAGUUGCAAGACAAAUGAAAGCAUUGAACAACAACAAAGUGUGAUUGUAAGUGACAUGAAAGCCACACGUCAAAAACAAAGGAAAAUAGCUUCGUCACUCAGUGAUUUUAUGAGAUCAUUCUUGGUCUGUUUAAUAUCAAGUGAUCAUUCAGAAGAUACAAAAUUCUACAUGUUGCAAUGGCUCAGAGUUUUACUCGAUGAGUUAUCUUCUGACCACCUUGCAAGACUUGAGGAGAAUUACCACUCAACUUGGUCCCAAAUGAGAAAUGUCCCCAAGACUAAGGAGAAAGCAGAAGAACUUGAUAAGCUCAGAAAACAGAUUAAUUCCAUAUCUGAAAAGAUGGCUGCAAGUACAAUUGGAUUACAGCACAUCAUGAGAGAGGUCGGUCAGAUGUAUGAAUGUUCUGAUAAACAGUCUGUUGCUGCUCUCCCUGCAAUAGGAGCUGAAAUGCUAAUUUCAGGAUACCCACUAGAACUGAUGGAUGGGGAUGAAUCACAUGUACCCCUUAUUUGGAUACAUGCUGUCCUGAAGAGUGUCAUUGAUAUGCUUGCGGACAAAAAGGUUAACAUGCAGCUGCUAACCCUCUUCACAUCUUCUCUGUACCUGGGAGCAUCAUCUGCCUUCUACUUCCUGGAGUUAAUUGCCAUGAUACUUCCAGACAUUUUGCUGACACCACUCUGCCAGCAGCCCAAGUCAGGAGGUGUGAGAUGCCAGUGUUACCCACUGAGUCACUGCGCAAACUACACCUAA